AUGAUUCACUUUUUAUGCAAGGUCGACGAGUGCUUAGAUUUUGGGAUAUUACAAAUAACAGAUUACAAGCUACUUGAAGAGUACAUCAAAGUUGAGCCCAACUUUCCCGGGCUACUCGACGAUGACUCCAACGACAGUGAUAAUGACGAGCUUGGCAAUGAAAGCAAAAGAAAGAACGAAAAGGGCAAAAAGAGUAAACCAAACACCGACAUCAAGUCGACCCACAAUCAGUCAAUCAAGACCGACGUUUUGGAAAACCAUGCAAAUCUCAUCAACAGUUCGAUUUUGCGUACCUAUGCACUGUCAAUAAAUUGGAGACCGAAAGGUAUUUUCUAUGCAAAGAAUGAAAUAUUCGUUGAUAUUAUUGAAAACGUGGAGUUUAUAUACGAUCUAAAGACGGAGUCGGUGAAACGAAAUGAGAUUUAUGGAAGCUGCAUCGUUAAAUCUUAUCUUUCUGGUAUACCAGUCUGUCGCAUGGGCUUCAAUGAAAACUACAUGUCUUCGAUUGAAAAUGACGAAAUUGGGAUCAAAAGUGUGGAUGACGAUCCUCUACCGGAAAACCAAAUACAAACCGAUGGUGCGAACGAAGAGGGCGAAGGUCUAUUAGAGGAGAAUACGGCAGAGCAGGAACUUGAAGAACAAGAGGAAGGAGAAGCAAAGGAGGUUGUGGUGUCACCCACAGAAGAGCUUCAAGGCGAAGAAGUGCAAAGGCAGUCUGAAAAUGAAAAUCCAACAAAGGAGGCUACUAAAACAUUCAAACAUCUGAUUCCCAUCAGGAAUAUUCAAUUCCAUCAAUGUAUUGAAUUGUCAAAGAUAUACAGGGACAAUAUAGUCACUUUUAUUCCACCUGAUGACAAGUUUCAACUAAUGUCGUACCAAGUGGAGCAACAAAAGAACAAAAAGAAAUUUCCUUUGAUUUCAAUUAAACCUGUGUUCAAAAUUGUUCACGAGACAAAAAGGUUGUUGGUCAUGUGUACAUUGAAUACCACCUUCCCACGAAGGCGACAUUGCAAAAGUUUAUUUGUGAGAAUUCCCCUAAACCCAUAUUAUUUUGAAUUGGAUAUAACCGAUCCUAACUUGAAAUAUAAGACUGAAAAUGGUGAAGUUUCAUUCAAGUACGAUACCAUGGAGAUUAUCUGGAAAAUCGAUAGUAUAGAUGGUAAACAGACUGUGAGAAUGAUGUGCGAGUUGUCCUUGUUGAAUUGUGAACAAGUUACCUUGUCAAAGAUUUCUCACUACUUGUUACGCAAAAUGGUCAAUCAGGAUUCAAAUGGGAGCAGCGUGCAAAAACAUAUUGAUGAAGAAUCGGAAGAUGCUCGACACGACUUGGAGGCGUUUUAUGGAGUCAAUGGCAAGGCUCUAACGUCUACGCAAAAAGAGUUGUUGCAACAAGUAAAACGAAACUUUAAAAAUGAUGAUAUUGUCUUGACAUUUAAAAUUCCCAUGUUCACCUACUCGGGUUUAAAAUUGUCAUACAUUUCAGUGGAAGAGGAGCAACUCAAAUACCCCUGUUUUCCUUGGAUACGAUACCUCACUCAGAGUCUGGACCUCGACAACCAGGACACCUCACCCUUGACUCAAGUGAUGGGCCAAGAUUGCACUUAUAGAUUUAAAUUGGCUAUAGAUUUAAUUUGGAAACUACAAUUGGUAUCAAGUCGGUGCCCGAUUGUACUUCUACAACGUCAGCAGUAUAAUAAGAAUUCGGUAACUAAAAUGUCAUCAGAUCAGGUCACUAAACUGCCAUGUACUACUACUUCUCCCAGUUCAAAGGCUGCAGCAUUAGGUACAACGACGACUAAACCCAAUGGGAACACAAGCAAACUACGCACCAAGUCAAGGAAUGGAUGUAUAACUUGUAAAAAGAAGAGACUUAAAUGCGAUGAAACGAAACCAACGUGUUUAAACUGUAAUAAGAAAAGUAUUGUUUGUGGUGGCUAUGCCACAAAUUUCAAAUGGAAACUGUUCAAUGAGUCGAAGCCUACAAUUAAUAGCAAGUCAUUGAAGAAACACUUGCAACUAGCAAGCUUUUCUGUUACUGGGAAAAGCAUAGAAGAUAUAGCUAGGGAGAGUGAUUUAAUCUCAAAAGGAAUGAACCCAACUGAAAGUAAGGAGGGCACACGAAGAUUUAGUGAAGCUAGCACUGCCACCACCACCACCACAACAGCAACAGGUCCAAACCAGGGGCCUCUUUUCACAAGGUCUUACAGCGACACGUACCCCUUACAAGACAUUCAAAACUUUAGACUCCAAAACAAUCCUACUACACCAUCUGAAGCUGUUGUUGACGAAAUUGCAAAACUGCCCAUUAAAGAAAUCGACAAUGAACCCCAUUCCUUCCUAUCCCCAAGCUUUGAGAAUAUUAUGAACCCUCCUGCAUUGAUUAAAAAGAAUAAAGAGCCAGAGUUUAACGUAAGUUUAACCCCUUCCCUAUCAGCUAUAUUGAACUUUGCAUUGAACCUGGAAGAGAUUGACGUUCCAUCAGUUGAAACAAUGAGUCCACUAACAUUGAACCGAUCCUAUGAUUUGUCGUCGGUUCCAUCCCCUGUGUGUGAGUUUAACAAAUCCUUAACAAAGGCUUCAGAACAGGAACAGCUUAUCUACUUGUAUUCCCAGUACACAUCGGGUGUCAUGUCGAUCAAGAAUGGAUUUCAUGAGAAUCCUUGGAGAAAUUUGAUUGUCCCGUUGGCUACAAGGUACAAUUGUCUAUUCAACUCGAUUGCAGCAAUGACGCUUUUCCAUUUAGCUGGUUCACAUGGAAUAGUUUCGUCGACGGAAGAGUUGCGUUCAAGAGCCCAAAACUAUAUGAAGAGGUGCAUAUUGGAACUUGCCAGUGGGUUGUCCAAAAUGGAAAAUGGAAGGGAAGUUGACUUCCCUGCUGAUAUUGCAUUAGCAACUUGUUUGAAUUUGGCUGUGUCUGAGACUUGGGAUGUCCUGACAUCAAGUGGCAUUGCCCAUCUAAAAGGGGCAAAGAGUAUGAUUAACAAGAUUUUGACAUUGUUGAAAGAGCACCAAGAGUCGGUAAGAAGCAAAUUGUUGUCGGGAAAUGGACCUGACUUUUCUCAGGGGGAUUUUUUGCAACUAAAGAAUAAGUUGGUGUUGAUUGAUCAGUUUGAGUAUGAAAAGAUGGUUCAUGAUUGUGUAACCAAGCGCAAUUCAUUAGUUAUUCCAAAACCCAUUCAGAUUCUUUUCAAUACCUGGAUAUACUUUCUGGUAAUUGCACAAAUGACUACCGAUACAAACUAUGAAGAAAAAGGAGUGGACUUGGUGGCGACUAUAACUUCAAUGAUCCUGAACGACAAAGUCAAAGAUGAACAUGACUCGCCGUCUCCAUCGGAACACAGUGAUGCUUCCGAUAAGGUGUAUACAUUUUUUGAAGAGUUUGAUGCUUUCAAUUAUGGUUCAGAGAUUAUUGACCCUUUGUUGGGGUGUGGCCAAUCACUAUUUUGUAUCAUCGGCAAAGUAGCAGCAUUGGUGUCCAAAAUACGAAAGACAAAAGCCAGUGAAAGGUGGAAAAAGAGAAACUCUUUAAAUACAAUCACCCAAGCCUCCGAGUUGCGACAUCUUCUUUUAGAUUGGAAGUCGACUGUUAAUGCAAAUAUGAUUAAGAAUGAAGACGAGGAUGCGUCUAGGACUUGGGAUUUGCCUAGCUGUAUUGCCACAGCUGAAGCUUAUCGGUAUGCGGCGCUACUUUUCUUGCAUCAAGCAGUACCAGAAAUCCCAUCAUUAUCAUCGCAUGAACUUGCAGAAAAGAUUUUUAUUCUUUUAGCAUCAAUUCCAAAGUCGUCAAAUACUAGUGUUGUUCACAUUUUUCCCCUCUUAGUUGCAUCAUGCGAAGCCGAAGUUGGUGAAGAGAGAGAAUGGUGUAAAGCGAGGUGGAAGGUGUUGGUGGAUAGAAUGUGGAUUGGUAAUGUUGAUCGAGCAUUGGAAGUGGUGAAGGAAGUUUGGAAAAGAAAAGACGAACUAGCAAUGAAUCAUCACAAUGAUGCGAGUAGCGCUAACUAUGUUGAAGACACGCUGCUGAGCAGUUAUCACCAUCCACUAAAAGGGUUGAUGUCUGUGAUUAAUAAUGAGUAUGCUAAUUUCAUGAACAACUCUGAUUCGAAUGGAAUUGAGUCAAAAGUUCAUUGGAGUAAUGUAAUGAAGGAAUGGGGCUGGGAGCCAUUCAAUGCCGAGAACACGAGGAUGAUUCGAGAGUCAGAGAAGAAGUUUUCCAAACCAAACUUUAUUUCCUUUGACUUGUUUGGCACAAUCUACAAACCCAAAAUCCCGGUCCCUGAACAGUACCACCAAAUAACAAGUCAAGAAUAUGGCAUUUCUAAAAGUGCCGAAUCAAUUGAACAAGAUUUCCCUAAAGUUUAUGCCGAAUUGCAGGAAGAAUACCCCAACUAUGGUAAAGGGACCGCCGAAUUUGACCAUUCGGAUGCUUGGUGGAAAGAGCUUGUCAUACGUGUCUAUGGUUUACCAAGAAAUGACUCCCAAACAAAGGAAAUUUGCGAUCGCUUAGUCAAUCAUUUUACUAGCGAUGAAGCAUACGACGUUUAUGAUGACGUUAGACCGGCUUUAGAUGGGUUGAAGAAGCAUGGGGUGACUAUGGUUGUUUCUAGCAAUUCAGAUAGACGGGCAAUUAAAAUUUUGGAAAGUUUGAAGUUGAAAGAUUAUUUUACUGGGGUCAAUCUAUCCUAUGACUAUGAAAUCGGCAAGCCUAAAAAGUCCUUCUUUGAUGCAGUCGCUGUAAAUGAAUACAGAGCCGAAGUUAAUGCUAGAUACAGAGGGUCAACCCCACCGGGCGAUUACUUGUCAGGUUGUUGGCAUGUUGGUGACAGUCAUGAAACAGAUUUUAUUGGCUCUAUUAGAGCUGGAUGGAAUGGGAUAUUAUUGGAUAGAGAAGGAACAAGCGAGUUGAGUACAGGAAAGAAAAGGCAAAAUAAGUCGACAUAUGAUGCAUGUUACAUGACACAAGGCAAUGCAGCAGCAGCUGAAGAAGACGCUGAUGCUCCAUUAAUCUUGGCAAAUAAUAGAGUUGUCUUGUCACGCCUCACUCAACUAUUACAGUUGUACAAGUGGUGA